AUGCUGCUAACGGCAUCUGUCGACAUUCCAGGUGGCACCUGUCCAACAGACAUGCCUGACACCGCUGCGGCGACACCCUCCCUCUUCUUCUACGCAUUGUACUCCAGCUGCGGCCCUCGCCAGCAAAGGGGCGCACCACUGGUCUUGACCUUCCACAAAGAAGGGUGUACCAUGUUUUUUUCUUACACCAACUUUUCAGCCGGAAGUACCAGAAGUCAAAAGCAGUCUAUCAUAGACCGCUGGCAGGACGACGGCAUCUGGCUUGUGCGCCAAGAAAAGCAUCCGGGGCCGCCUGCUCAAGCACCCGAUGCAGGUGCUCGGCAUCCAUCUCCUUCAGUCCACGCCGCCUUAACGUUCGUACCGACAUGGCAGCAGAAGCAACAGAAGCAGACCUCCAGAUAA